AUGACCAGGUUGCGCAAGAAAGCUUGCGUGGCUCUUUUCCUUUUCACGCUUUUCAUAUUCGGAACCAUGAUGGGCUUGCGAACACUCAAACCUAGCGACGGCUUCUCGGACCUUGCGCCCGGGAUGGAACUAAUGCCAUACGUUGGUGACAGAAUUGACCGACGUCCGGUGCCCAACGAUGUUGUCGGGUCGGUGGGUCAGUCUCGAGGCGCGAGCGACACCAAAGUGGUUUUUUCGAACUCUGGUCCAGACCACAGCAUUUUCUACGACAUUCAUAUUUUUUAUUACUUGUGGUAUGGGACGCCUCAAAUGGACGGGAAGUACAUACAUUGGGAUCACGCCUUAGUGCCACACUGGGACCCAAAGAUAGCGGCCAGUCACCCGAAAGGAGGGCACACUCCUCCAGACGACAUAGCUUCAAGUUACUACCCCGAGCUCGGACCGUACAGCUCGAGGGAUCCUGACGUGUUAGAGUCGCACAUGGCCCAGAUUGAGGCGGCUGCCGCCGGUGUAGUCGUGCUUUCCUGGUACCCACCUGGUGUGGCAGAUGAUCACGGAGAGCCGUCUGAAGACCUCGUGCCAGCCGUCAUGGAUGCAGCCCACAGACACAGUAUCAAGGUGGCGUUCCACAUCCAGCCCUACAAAGGACGCACAGACCUGAGCGUGCAUGACAACAUCAAAUACAUCAUAGACAAAUACGGGCAACACGGAGCCUUCUACAGGUUCAGGUCCAACACGGGGAAGGUUCUGCCUCUGUUCUACAUCUACGACUCUUACCUGACCCCGCCCGAGGCGUGGGCGGAGCUUCUGACCUCCCGCGGGUCUCACAGCCUGCGGGGGACGCCGUACGACGGGAUCUUCGUGGCCCUCAUCGUGGAGGAGCGCCACAAGCAUGACAUCCUGGCGGGCGGGUUUGACGGCAUGUACACCUACUUCGCCUCCAACGGCUUCUCCUUUGGCUCCUCCCACCAGAACUGGAAGGCCAUCAAAGCCUUUUGUGACGGGAACAACCUGCUCUUCGUGCCCAGCGUCGGGCCCGGCUACGUCGACACGGCCGUGCGGCCCUGGAACAACCACAACACGCGCAACCGCGUCAACGGCCGCUACUACGACACCUCCCUGCAGGCGGCGCUGUCCGCGCGCCCGGAGGUCGUCACCAUCACCUCCUUUAACGAGUGGCACGAGGGGACGCAGAUCGAAAGGGCCGUGCCCAAAAAAACGGUGACCCGCCUGUAUUUGGACUACAAGCCCCAUCAGCCCGAACUGUACCUGGAGCUCACCCGGAAGUGGGCGGAGCAAUUUCACAAAGAGAAAGAGCAGUGGCUCUUGUGA